CGUCGUUUCCCGUUUGUGAUUUUGACGUAAGGCAGCCAUAACCUAAAAAAAUUGUUAUGUUUAUUUUGAAAAAUCAUAAUAAGAUUUAGCUUUUAAUUUUUUAUUUACUUUAAAUAAAAAUAUGGUUAUAGCGAUAGGCUUUGAAGGAAGUGCCAAUAAACUUGGUAUAGGCAUUGUGAAAGAUGGAGAAAUUCUCUCGAAUUGCAGACGAACAUACAUCACACCGCCCGGGGAAGGUUUUCUUCCAAGAGAAACAGCAGAACACCACCAACAGAACAUACAUGAGGUACUUCAAGAAGCUCUCGACCAAUCGGGCAUUACUCCUCAGGAAAUUGAUGUGGUGUGUUAUACCAAAGGUCCAGGCAUGGGCGCACCAUUGACAGUAUGUGCUAUAGUGGCCCGGACCUGCGCUCUGCUGUGGAACAAACCUAUACUUGGUGUUAACCAUUGUAUUGGACAUAUAGAAAUGGGCAGACUAAUAACAAAAGCUAACAACCCAACAGUGCUCUAUGUGAGCGGGGGCAACACACAGAUCAUUGCUUACUCCAGGCAGAGGUACCGGAUAUUUGGAGAGACCCUAGACAUUGCAGUUGGAAACUGUUUGGACAGAUUUGCACGAGUUUUGAAAUUAUCGAACGCCCCCAGUCCUGGCUACAAUAUUGAACAGAUGGCGAAGAAAGGGAAAAAGUAUUUACAUCUACCAUACUGUGUUAAAGGGAUGGAUGUGAGUUUGUCCGGCAUACUCUCAUACAUGGAGGACCGAAUAGACGAGCUGCUGAAGGACUACACGCCCGAGGACCUGUGCUAUUCGCUGCAGGAGACCGUGUUCGCCAUGCUCGUGGAGAUCACUGAGCGGGCCAUGGCGCAUUGUGCUUCAGACGAGGUCCUCAUAGUAGGUGGCGUGGGUUGCAACGAACGUUUACAAGAAAUGAUGGGCGUCAUGUGUUCGGAGCGCGGCGCGAACAUCUUCGCGACGGACGAGCGCUUCUGCAUCGACAACGGCGUCAUGAUCGCGCACGCGGGCGCGCUGGCGCACGCGGCGGGCACGCGCAUGCCGCUGGAGCACGCCACCGUCACGCAGAGAUACAGGACUGACGACGUGCUGGUCACGUGGCGGGAUGAUUAAUAAAUUUAUUUUUAUUUAGGUA